UCAAAUGGGAAGCUGCGCGAAAGAUUUGAGCAUAUAAACAGAUCGAUAAGAAAGUACUACGUAGUGGUUUGGGACAAGAUUCGCCUAACUUAUAUGCACACGUAGUAAAUUAAAACAUUGUUCCAUACUUAAAAAGUAAUAUCUAUAUUUUAUAAGGAUUUGUCACCUUUGAACCAGAAACAUCAAAUUAUACGAUGAAAAAAACAAAAUAUCAAUGUUUCGCUAAAUCAUAGGAUUCCGUAAUUUAUAAUCUAUCAUUAGAUUGACAAAAUUAAAUGACUGUAUUAUUGCAAUAGAAUAUAAUAUCGCAUAAAGAAAAAAAAAUCAUAUUUUAUUAUUAUGGGUACCAAAUUUGCUUCUUACACUCUAAAAUUAGCAUCACUUCAUGAGUAUUAUCAACGGCUUUUACAUGGAAGUCAACCUAUACCAUCUGGAGUCGAUAUGACAAAUACUUUGAAAUAUUUCAUACAAACUUUGUUAUCACUUUUGAAGGAUGUAGAGAAGUCUCCAUAUGAAAUGUUAAGGUAUCAAAAGUUGGAUAUGGAGAGAAUUGGAUUGUACCCUAAUUUAGAUUAUAAACAACUUUACAACGCUAUAUCGCAACUAAUAGAUGUUAUUCCUUCAAUACAUAUAGGUGUGCAAGGAUUUGGUCAAAGUUUGCUACAAUGUCUAGCAUGUUUAUUACCAUUUUUAGACCACGAUUUGAUUGAUAGUCUGCCAUACUUAACGGCAAGCACAGUUGCUGUGUUGCCAGAAGAGCUACACCAAGAGGUUAUAAAUUAUUUGUGUUUUUAUAUAUUACCAUUUACUAUCGGGCGAGAGACCGAAGAUGGAAUAGAAAAUUACGCUAGCCAAUCAAUUUCUGCGGUUGUGAUGAUGAUUUUUGAAUAUUCAACUAAUUCUGCACAUCAUUGCCAGUUAAUGGAAUGUCUUAUGACAUUAAAAUCAAGAGUUAUCACGGAUAUUUUAUGUGUAAUAGCUUAUGGUACAACGUCAGCAAAAGCAGCUGCUACAAAAUUGUUAUUCCAUUAUUGGCCUAACUUUAAUCCUAAUAUUUUUGAUCGCAAAUCAGUUCAUACAAAAUUAUCAAAUGACUUUUCAGCAUUCGUAUGUCAACGCGAUGAUUGUCCAAAUGCUGGUAAUGCUGAAGCUACAAAAGUUUGUUAUAGUCACUCCAUAUCAAUCACAUAUGCUACAGAUUCACCACCUCCAUUAUAUUUAUGUAUUGAAUGUGCUAAUGAAAUACACAGAGAAAAUCCAAAUCAAAUGUUUUAUGACAUACUUCAUCCAAUGCAACAAGUAUCUCUAAACUGCGAAAACAAGAAUUGCCGUGCGAAUGACAAAUUAGCCGUCAGUGUAUGUUUUUCAACUGAGUGUGUUAGUUACAAUAGUAAUCAUCCAAUACGGUAUUGUCAGCAAUGCCAUAAUAUACGUCAUAAUAAUCGCCGAGGCGGUGAUCACAUAUUUCAUACAUCUUUAAGUCAUGUUUCACAAAUGGAUCCACAGACACAAACAUACAUGGUACAAGCUAUUGUAAGUUUACUUAAAGAAGCAGAGCCCGUUGCUUUAGAUGUUGAUAGCGACCACCAAGCAAUAAAUACUUCAAAAGGAACAAUGGCAUUUGUAACAAGUAAUCGCAUAAGAAACAAGGAUUCAGUAAGUUCGGAAGAACGUCAACUCUUAGGUCGAUAUGGGAUUUGGCUUCUUUUAGGGCUUUGUACACCAGAUGAUGAAAUACCGGUUGAAAUACUUGGAAGGCUGCUUUCAAUGUUAUUUCAUUGGUUUUUUAUUACUGCCUAUUCAUUCGAUGGUACUAAAAAAAGUCUUAUACAUCUUAUUUUUUCUGUUGGACAAGCAGAAAGUACAUUGGAAAAACUCAAAACUGAAUAUAUUUCUGUAUGGUUAUCUAAAGUAAUGAAAAAAUAUUAUGAUGUAUUUGUAUCCUGCCUUCUACCACAUCCAAUAGACUAUGUUCGAGUAGGUGGACAUUGGGAUACCCUUGCUUCUCGAACAUCACAUCUAAAAGACGGUCUUAGUCGCUUAUUCUGUUUAGUACCUUAUGAAAUAAUUACUCCCGAAAUUUGGAAUCACGUCAUGCCUCAUUGGAUGGAAGCUAUUGUACAUGACGUUCCAAUUCAUGAGCUGCAGGAACUAAAAAUGACACUUUGCAAAAUUUUGGAUCCUGAUCUUAGUCCACUGGGAUUUGACGCCAGUAGAAUGUAUAAUUUUGUUGCGAAACGUUUCAAUAAUACAAACGCAAAAGUCCAAGAGCAAGCACUUAAUUGGCUGCAGACUUUGACGUUACUUGGAAUAACGAUUCCAUUACCUCAACUCUUUUCAAUGUUCAGUGAAGGCAUUUUAGAUAGUAAAAAAGUUGAUUCAACUAAUCUUAGCGUAGCAGAAAAUAGACUGAAUGGAAUAAGUAAUUCGGAAAAUACGAUAAUAUGUCGUAUUGAUGAUUACGUAUCUGACAAAUCAACACUCUUGUCUGAUGAUGAUAUUCCAGUACCAAGGCAUAAUGAAUUCACGUCAGAUGAAGAGCUUCAUCUAACAUGCUGCAUCCUUAUGCUGGAUAUUUUAUUAAAACAGAUGGAAUUGCAAAGUAUUGACAAACAUACUGGUGUUAAUAGUUGGAUCUGUAGAGAUGCAUGUCAUUUACUUAAGUCUACCAACAUCGCUUCAUGGAUUACACAACAUAUUUGCAAUAACAUUAAUGAUUGUUCAUUUUGUGAAUCAGCAGUGAUUUGGUAUCAGUUAUGUUUACAAUUACUUUCUUACACAGCACCUGAAAAACUUGCACUACCUCCAGAUACGACUUCAGAUGAAAUGAUUGAAGACUCUGAACGAAAAAGUCCUUUAGAGGCAUCUAAAAAGAAUGAAUCUAAACCUGACGUUGUUAUAAAUAUGCCUAUACCAGAAUUACAUUCAGUUGGAGGAGUUUUAGUUCAUAUGCCACAUUUUUUUGAGCAAAUAAUGACUGCCACCGUGGAGACAGUAUCAGAACAAUUGGAUCUUGCAACGGUUAUGCCUACUGAAAAAAUUAUAUCAGCUAUGGCUCGAGCAGUUACAAUUUCUGACACAGAUGUUGCAACUGCAACAGUCAAUGUGGAUAAACCUAAUCUCAUUGGAGAAAAUAAUCAUCUACUUGUUGAUGAUAAAGAUGAUAUGGAGAACUUCUGGCAUACAUCAAUGGGAAAAUUUAGAUUUUGCUUAACAGAGUUACCUGAACAACUACAAUUCGUUCACAAGCUUUUUGUGGAGCUCGUUGUUGUAAAAAGUCCAGAUAUCGUUUGUUAUAUGCUUGAAUGUCUUAAUAGAAUGUGUUUAUAUGGUGAUAUUUUGAGCGUUGCUGCAAAAGAUCAUCAAGGAUUUUUUAUAUGGUGUCAAGAAAAUCUCAUAAUCAGAAACUUAUGGGAAUUGCUUAAUGCAGAGCAUUCUCAUAUUGCACAAAUGGCCGUUCCACUACUAUUACAUUGCAUUACCCUCACAUGUGGGAUUGACACAUUUUGGCGCAUUGUGCAGGAUGAAUUUCAAAGCCCGGUUUGGCAGCAGCGAUUCAUAGCAGUUGAACGUGCUACACUUAUCGCAAGAUUUAUGGAUUCAACGCCGUUAAAAAAUUCAACUUCUCUACAGACAUCAUUAGCAAACAUAUUUUGUUACUUAAUUAACAGCAUGGAUGAUAAUAAUGUUUAUGUAGCGCAAAAAGCAACAUUGUAUCUUGGUACAAUACACGAUAUUGCUGUCAAAGCGUUGCUUACUUGUAUGGAGACACAAUUUGACCUGGUUAUAAUCGAUAGACCAAUUAUUCUUCAAACUCUUUACCAGUUGCACAACUGUUUAUGCGAUCGCCGAAUUUUAACAUGGGAAUUCUUUUUAAAUCGCUUUGAUACAUUAUUUAUAGAAGCUCAAAUUAAUCUUGAACGAAUAGGUGAAAUAAACUAUUUUCGAGAUCUAAGAAAUACAGAUGUUAAUAAUGAAUUAUUUAUAAAAAAACUAGAAACAGCCCACGAAGCAAUUUCUCAAUUUGACGGAACUGAAAAAAUACUGAAAACUUUAAGUGCAAGUUUUGGAGAAAAAUGGCCUUAUAAACGGACAAUGUCUGCGCCUUCAUUCGUUUUACCAAAACACGAAACAAGACAAGAUAAAGAAAAAAUAUACAAUCGUCAAUAUUCAGCUCCUAUAUUAAAAAGGAAAAGUUCUAGAUUUGGGUUAGGUCAACUAAUUGGAUAUACGCUACCAAACAACAGUAUAACAGAUGUUCACGUCCCAUCAUUUAGUGUAUUAGAAGACAGUAAUUACCCGAGCUUUACUCACAAAGUAAUUGAUUUAGAAGAGUCUGAUAAAGAAACUAUACAUCUUCUUGUGUUUUUAUUAAUGCAGUUUCUUUCACGAUCUGAUCAAGCAUACCCUUCAGAUGAAAAGUUAAUACUUAAAACCCAAGGUAUUGUCCUACGUCAUUUAUAUUUAUUACUUGGAUAUAACUAUGUGGACAAACAUUUUUAUAUGGCCCCACAUAAACUAAGAUAUUCAGCUGCAUUUAGUGUAUUUAUUACAAAUUUACCUCAAUUAUUGGAUCAAAAUCAUACUAUGGGAAUGUUCAUGAUACAACCGAUUUUAACUAUCUUACAAAACUGUGCAUGCCCGCCACAAAAAUCUUUUGUUGUUGAUAGUUGUUCACCUACUUAUAGUUUGUGGUGUCUUGAAAGUCAGUGCAGAAGAUCGUGGUUAAUGGCAUUACUUGUCAUUUUAUAUAAGUAUGAAUAUAAACAACAGCAAUGGUUUAAUUCACUCCAAAUACUCAUUAAAAUUGUAUUGAAUACGCUUGAAAGACAAUAUCAUAAGUGCAAACAUAUUCCACCCACAGUUGUUAUGUCAAGUGUUCCAUUAAGAUCAAGAGACGUGUCUCAACCAUCGCUUGGCUUAGAACAUGAAAUUAUAUCGUCAACAUUAGAUGAAAUAGAAAGAAAUAGUCCAACAUCGCGUAUAUUUAAUGCAAAUUCAAGAAUUUCAGACAUGAAGCAAACUGCAGAGGACAUUAUUGAAAAGCAUUAUUACAAAACUUCCAGUUAUUCCUUAAAUGGCGAAGAAACAGAAUCUGAAUUGGCAGCGAUACCGGAAAGUCCAAGAUCAGAUGCAACUUUGCAAGAAAGUAGCAGUAAUUCUUUAGAAGAAAUCAAGGCAGACCAGAAAAUACAAAGAAAAAAUAUGAAAAUUAAAUUAAAAAAUGAUCAAAUACAGCAAUCCAUACUUCCAAACAAUAUAAAAUUAAACCAUUUGUCAGAUAUAAAUAAUUCGAAGCAGGAAAGCAGUACGUCAAAGAAACCUGUAACCUGUCCAAAUCUUUUCGGAAAAGAUUAUAGUGGUAAGCAAUAUUACGAAGACGACAACGAGAUUAGAAGAUCCUUAGUGAAUAUCAAUGUAAGCAGUAAAUCAUUCAAUAAUAAAAGAAGAUCGAAUAAAGUUACCUAUCCAGCAGCAUGUAUUUCAGAUACUACAGAAAUUUGUGCAAACAUAAAAGAAGAUAUAGAGACACUACCAACUAUAGCUCUAACACCAUUUGUUCUUUCUGAAGUCGCGUCAUCAAACAUGAUUUCUGAAAAGUUUUCUUCAAUAACAUGUUCACCAUCUUUAAGUUCAACCAGCAUUAGCAAUCACUCAAAAACAUCUCAUUUAAAUAAUAUAAACCUUCCUUUUACUGUACCGGCACCAGAACGACUCUUACCUGUUGGAUCAACAAGUCGCUAUAAUGCACAGACACAUUAUGAAGCAUCUAUUUUUGAAAACUGUUUCAAAACAUCAAAACUACAAAUACCAUUUUUUGAAAGAUUAUUACCAAUAGGGUUACAGAAAGACCGUUUACAUGAUGUUCAUGAUUCAAAUAAAUUCAAGCCCACAGAUACAAUACAUGUAGCAACAUCUUCUGCCCAGGAUAACUUAACUAACAACAAUCAUUGUUCUAAUCGUGAAGAAGUUUUAUCAUGUAGUGUUCAGUCAAUAGCGUCUGCUAUUAUUAAUCCUAAAGAGAAUCAAUUGAAAAGCUCAAAAAAAUUAAUAAAACAAAUUGCGUUGGAAUCACCACCAUUUUUUUUUAAGCAUGAAAGUAAUUUUCAUGACAUAUCAGAAUUUUCUGAUAAAGCUAAAAAAAGGAAUAUAAAUCAGAACAUUAAGGACUUUAAUAUGGAAUCUUGUGGAACUGAACGAUAUGAUAUUUCAAGUAGAAAAAUCCAAAUGGGAUACGGGCCGUUUAAAAUACAAGAAAAUGACUAUUUAUCUGAACAAAAUCAUCAUGCUGACAGUAAUUUAAAACAAAGCAUUUUUCGCAUUAGCGAUGAAUGUAAUUAUACAAGAUGUCCAGAUUGCGGAAUAUUAAAAGAAGAAUAUACAGAUGAAGAACUGGGCUUAUGUAUUAUUAUAUUGAGUACAUUUAUACAUCGUGAACCAACUUUAGCAGCUCCGCUUCUACCUGGUAUACUUAAUACAGUUAGCAAUGUUUCACUAAACGUCAUUUAUCCCUGGCAAAAUGAACUAAGCAUUCAUUUACCAGGCGGAGCAACAAGUGUCGCUCAUCAAUUUUUAAGAUGUGUUUUACAUCAGAUGGCGCCAAAUGGUAUUUUUUCGCAAAUAUUCCAAACAAACAUAAGAGGUAUUAUCGACACCGAGAUAUGCUCAUUUGAAUUCGGCACAUUUUGCACAAGAUUUUUCAAAAGCAUUGUUCAUGCGUUGAUCGACUUCAAUGAACUUAACCCUAUAGCUCCUUUGCAGAUAUUAAUAGAGAGUCUCAACGUAAAAAAAUCUCUACCUACAGAUUUUCUUGCAAUAAUUCUACACAACAUCGCUUGCUACUUAGAUUGUCUGCCAUUAGAAGCUGGGCUUGGUCCAGGUGUGACGACAUGGAGCGGUCUAAUAACACAACUUGAAGCCCUUUUUCGACGCUUGGUUUUGUUACUGUCCACAAUAGAAAACAUUAAACCAAUAUUAAAAAUAAUGACUUGUGUUUUAAAAAUUCCUGGAGUACAACAAUCAAAAAGUUUAUUAGAUCUUUUUUCAAAAGUUCUCAGUUAUGCAAUACAAAAUUGUGUUAUAACGUAUUCAUUGUUACUUGAAUUGUGCUUAUUGUGCUAUCGCAACUUUACUAAGGAUCGUGAUAAACAUUAUUUGUCAAGAACGAUUGUAUUUGAGUUAAUACAAGCAAUUAAAUUUAAAACUACGCUACCAGAUACUAAUUUCAUACUACUCUUGCAAUUUGUACUUCAAGAUGCUGGUGGUUUAUUACUGUCAACGAUCAAAUAUAAAAAAACAUUUCAUAAUAUGACACCUGUAUAUCAUACAAAUGCUUCGGAUUUAUUAAAAAAUCAAAUUACGGAUAUCAUAGAUUUUUUAAUGGAUGUCCACACAUCAAGUAAAAUCAAGAGUUAUACAAUUGGUUUACAAUGUGGAUUUAAUGAAGACACACUUAGUGGAAUACUAAAAUGUGGCUUAGCUCAAUACUUAUCCUUAGAAAUAACAAAAGGAAAUAACAGAGAAAAUCGUGCUAUUACACGUCACUUACCUUGGCUAUAUGCGGCACCGUCGUUGGUACAGCAAGGGACCCGAGAAUACUUGGAAUGUGUCAAUCACGUAAGAUUAUUAUGUUGGAUCCUACUUGGCUCAUUAAGUCACUCACUCGGUGCUGUAAGAAGCAAUUUACUACAAGCACAUGGCUUACCAUUACUCGUAGCUCAACCGAUUCCUCAAGAGGCAUCCUGUCACAUUGCCGAUCAUGUACAAGUUAUUCUUUCCAGCUUUCCUGAUCAAUAUAAAAGUUCGAGCCUAAAUAUGGCAUCGCUUUUUCACGUAUUCAAUCUUUGUCAGUUGUGGACACUUUACUUGGAAGAAUAUUCAAAAAACAACAAUUACAAUACAGAACCUCAUAACAUAACUGUAAACAUUUUAUUGGAAUUUUGGGGAAAAAUAACACCAUAUGUACUUCAAUUAAUAUCACAUUCAAAAGUAUUUGCAGACAUAGUUAACCUGCACUUUUUAAGUCUACUUGAAUCACUUUUAGACUCUGGAUGCAUUAUAUUAAGUAAAUUGUUACCGAUAUGGAACUCUAUUAUAAUUUCCCAUCAUAUACAGAUACCAGCACACUUAAAUCUUCGUUUACAGCAUUUCAGGAGAUUGUCAUUAAAUAUAGAAACAGAUGAUUAUUCUUUCAACAAACAAGAAUCUGGUAUUUUUUUACUUCAAUGGCUUCGAAGAUUACAAUUUAAAAUGGGACAAAUUGAGUUACAAUCAUCGUCUACAACACAAUUUUAUGCAUUAUGAAAAAAGCUUCGCUUUUUUCUUGAAAAAGAAAAAAUAGUAGAAAAGUUAAUUUGCUUGACGCGUUUUUUAUUGUUUAUCUAAAAAGUGGCGAAGUAUUCUACAAUAUUAGUCUUAAAAUUUGAAGCUUGCAUUGAAUUUAAACGUAUGUAUAAUAUCUAUAUAGAAUAAUAAAUUUAAAAAAUUGCAUAAAAGA